AUGGUUCAUAAAGUAAAUGAUCGGGUACAGAUAGAUGGCAAAUCCUGUACCAUUCGAUUUGUUGGCGAGAUUCAUAGGUGGCCUGGAUCAAUUACUUAUGGUGUAGAAUGGGAUGAUUCCAAACGAGGUAGGAACUCCGGUACGAUUGAUGAUCAAGAGUAUUUCAAGACAGCUGUGCCCAAUGCUGGAUCAUUCUUAAAGGAAACCAAAUGGUCCCUUCUAUUAGACUCUGGUGUUUCCUUCUAUGAAGCCCUACAAGAGAAAUAUGGCAAACCUAAGAGGGAGAAGGAAGACAUUUACUUGGGAACGAAAAGAGUGGAAAGUUUUGGAUUCGAAAAACUGACAGUAGAGGAGCAAGACUUGGGAAAGCUCCAGGGAUUAUGCCUUGAUCACUGUAAAAUCAGUUGCUUGGAAAGCGGCCGCAAUAAAAUUUCAAACAACUACUCUAAUAUUUUCGAGUUGGAUCUCUCGUACAAUCUUUUAGCCGAUGUCAGAGAAAUAUGUGAAUUUAUCAGUCAUUUCCGAGACUUGAAAUUCUUAGACUUAUCCGGGAAUUAUUUUACCAAGGGAUGGCAUAGCUUGGAUCAAUAUUCUUUCCCAGCUGUCACAGUACUCUAUUUGUCCAAUUGCCGCCUUGAUCUAAAUCAACUAAGGCAAUUAUUAAAAAUCUUUCCCUCCGUGGAAAUUCUCGAUGCCAGCAAGAACUAUUUAAAAGAUAUCGAUAGCACUGACGUGGAUUUUCCAAUUUCAGUUGGGGAACUAAUUCUUAGUGGUAACUCCAUAAGGUACCUCCCACCCAGUUUGUCCCGUUGGAACCUACAUACUUUGAACCUCUCUCAUAAUGCCAUCGAAAAUAUUUCUAAUGUUCCAACCACUGAUUUGAAAAACCUAGAUUUAUCACAUAAUUUAAUAGCCGAUUGGAAGACAUUAGAUCAGUUAAAUAUUGGUUUUCCAGAGCUUCAUUCUCUCAGAGUGAAUGGAAAUCUUUUCUUCGAGAAUAGAGAAGAUCGCUUAGCUCAAUUUUAUUUGGUAAUAGCACGAUUCAACCAUUUGAAUAUCUUAAAUGGUUCAUUACUAUCAAAGAAGGAACGUGAGGAAGCAAGAUUGUUUUUCGUUUCUCAAGUAUCCCGGGGUUUAGUCCAAUACGAUAAAAGUUGCGAACUAUGGUGCCGAUUGUACUACCAAUAUGCUCCAAGAUAUGAAAUCGAAGGCAUUGAAGAAUCCUGGUUGGGUUCUCAAAUAUUAAGUCUACGAGUGAAGCAAGAAGAGACACAAACGAUAUUAAAUUUAACAAUACUUUCGAGUUAUACUGUAAGAAACUUGAAACGCAUUAUCUGCCAACAAUUGAGCAUGAACAUCUUAAAAAUUACAUUAUCCUAUUUCAUUGCUCCCUCUGUAUUAGAGGAAGUCAGUCAAGAUUUCACACCUGUCAGUGAUUUGAAUCUCACUAAUGGUGAUAUUUUAUAUGUUAAAAGGAAGCAAUCCGAACAUUAA